AUGCUAUUACAGCAAGAGCUCCUCCUUGCCCCCGCGAAGAAACUGGACAUUAAAUUUUCACGGUUCGGUGCCAUCGAACACGAGUCCUCAGGAGGAACUACCGCAACGACGUUUGUAUCCGGGGGAGGGCCCAAGACAACGCAUAUGGCACUAAACUGGUCUACGGAGGUCCCAAUUAGGCGAACUACACAGGCUAUCGCGAUGCGUCUGUUCAAACGUCAGGCAUCUGAUACCAGUCCUCAGCUUGUCUCGGCCACGCCAUUGUCUCAGGAUGGAACUGCUGUCGAUGAGAACUCUGAAAAAAAGAAGACGCAGAGCGAAAACGAUGGUUCGGGACGAGAAAACGCUGGAGACGCGGUGAAACCCUCUUCUUCUCAAUCUUGCGUAUCUAAUCGCAAAGGAAUUUCGACAUGGGGUAGGAAAGUGGGUCGAAGAUGGGAUCAGCUGAAGAGAUCGGAUAGUUCGGAGUUGCUUUCGGUCUCGAGCCGAAGGAGACGAUGGAGCCCGAACCGGAAGAGCUGCGGCGACGUCACGGACGAGAAAGAAAAAAGUUGCAGCCCAUCGCCAGAGUUACCAAAGCCAAAGAGAGUGUCCAGAGUGGAGUCCCUGCGGAACUUGUUCAGGAGCACGGAACGUAACAGCAAUCUCCUAGGGGGUGAAGUGUCCAGGAACGUGACUAUCCAAGAGGAGGAUGUCACCUGCAUCAGUCAUUAUCCAAUGGAGAAAGCCCUGAGCGAAGGUGCUAUAAAAAACGUACCCUUUCGCGCCAGCGCUGAUGACAGUCGACUGGGUCGCGAAUCCCUUCUGCACGAGAAGAAGAAACAGAUCAGUCGCAGCAUCCAGGACCUCCAGGAGCAGCAAAGAGUGUUGGAUUAUAUUUUGAAGAAUCAUGGCAUGCUGAAGACGCAAGAGGGAUCAGAUUUUGCUAGGGAAACCUUGGGCGAUGUGAGGAGAAGCUCGAGUCCAAAACAACGAACCGGUCGGUCCACGUCGGAUGGUAGCAAAAACAGUGUAUCGACGCACACGAAAGACUUUCUUAGCAGUCAGCUGAAUAAUAUUAAGAGGAACCUUUUCAACACGCGCGCCAGCGUCAGCGAAUGUGAUAGAACCGAUGCUCAAAGAACUUGCCCAACGACAGGUCUGGAAGACCUGAUGAACAACCUGCGAUUAGGUUGCGACGAGAGUGGCUACGACUCCGACAGCACGCGAGCUGGAGCGGAUUCUCCUGACAGCGAGAACUCUGUACCAGCGAUGUUGAAACCGCGUAGCUUCUCCAUAACCUCCGACGACUACCACGGGAUCGAUUUGUCGUUGCCAGUCAGCACUCCGAAGAAGACAGACGAGACUACGAGGACCGAGGAAACUGAAACGGGAGCUUCCUGUCUCGACGAGACUCUGGUCGAGAACAACUCGUUAAGUCUGUUGAACGAGUCCACGAGAACAAACACUACUACUUUGCUAUCCGAUGAGGACGACACCGACAGCUGUGACGAGGAUACCUUCGCUGGGUUUCCAGAGUUUCGGAUGAGCUGCAAUACAGAGUACGCAAAAUCCGAUGCCAACACCUUGCCAAAAAGCUACAUCGACUCGUCGAAGGCAACCUCAAUCAACGCAGGUGUGUCGAGGACAUUUUGCAAUCUCUCGAGCAAAGAGCUCUCCAGGCUACCGGAGAAGAGGUCGGUGAAGUUGCAGAGCUUGCAGAAGGAGACCAGGUCUCACAUACCAUUAAAAUCUCGUAAACACGCGAAAGCAUCCCCCAGCGCGGUGUAUUUGCUAGAAACCGCCGCGUCUCCAUGUAAAGACAGUCCACCAGCAUCGAAGAUGAACUCUACGAUCGUGAGCAACCCUCUGCAGUACUACAGUCCAAAGAGAUCGCGAUCCCAGAUGGAGCUGAAGAACUCAGACACCUUGAACUCGAGGAACAAGGCGAAGAGACUGGCGCAAUCGACGAAGAUGGCGCCUCCAGCGACCCCAGCCAAGACCUUGAUCCGUCGAGAACUGAAAACUAUGAAGCUGUUCGUGGAGAGACCCGGGUGUCUUGGUAUUUCCGUGGAGAGGCGAGAGGCUGUCAGACCUUUCUACGUGAUUUCCAAGAUGGACGCGAUCGGGGAGGCGGCCAAGUCGAAGCAGUUUCGGAUCGGUGACGAGAUCGUGCGUGUUUGCGGGAGGAGGCUGCGCGGAAUGUCGAUCCUCGAGGCUAGGAACGCGCUGAGGAGCUGCACGGGGACUGUCGAGUUGCAGAUAGCUAGGGAGCCCACUUUCACGUUUGGCGAGGAGCUGGGUGACACUUGGAGCGACACUUGGGGGGACAUAUUGGUCCGUACUCGUAGCGACUCCGAGGUGUGGACGUUGAAACAGGAGAAGACGGAAGUUCCGGUCUCGGUGGACUCGCCCAAGUGCAAAGUAGUCGGUGCACUGACGAAAGACGGGAAUUACGUGUCCGCGGAUCGCAUGGAAGGCGAGUCGUGCACGAAAAAGGGCUCCGAUCAGAAGAUGACUGGCAUGAGGAAGUUCUACGUGGUGAGGAAACGCGACAAUCCGGUUUCCUGUCCGCGCAGGGCGACUAGUCUCACGAUGGAUCUGCUGACGAUCACUCUGGAGAAAAGUGGGACGAAGAAGUUGGGUUUCUCGAUCGUCGGUGGAUCGGAUAGUAACAAAGGAUCGAUGGGCAUCUUCGUGAAGGAUAUCAUGGCUGGUGGCCAGGCGGCUGACGAUGGUACUCUCAGAGUUGGAGACGAGAUUCUGGCUAUCAAUGGAAUAUCGAUGAAUGGAUUGACACAUGCGAGGGCCUUGCAGACUUUUAAGGCCGCCAAGCCUGGAAAAAUGAUCUUCCACGUGGGUCGAAGGGACCCCACGCACAAACGAUACAUAAUUCAAUCGAAAUCGUACGAUUGCUUGGACAAAUUGACGGAGACUGGAGUCGAAUAG